AACAGUAUUCAGCAAGCAUGGUGUCGCCUAGGCUCUCCAUGGCUAGAGUCUAGUGACUGUCCAGUAGCGUCAUAGACCACAAAAGCUAUAUCACGUUCCUUCGGUUUUUAGAAACACAUAUUGUCAGUGCAGCCGUAGUGGGCCGUGCCAGCGCAGUGUAACAAACGGUGACUAUGGCGGAUGCUUCGUUACAAUCCCCUUCGUUACCAGCGCUGCUGAAUCGCGUGGGCGAGCUGCACGAGGAAGUGAGCGACGCGAUCGAGCGCAGCCUCCAGUGCGACUUCUUUCUCUCCACCUCCUCCACCGCCGGGUCCGCCGCCGCCGGUGCCGCCGCGGAUUGCGCUUCCGCGGGAUCUUCGCCCUCUGGCCCACUGGUGGCUUCUCGGCUAUCGGAUGAGAACACUUCUACCAAAGAUGCUAAUAGCGGGGAUAAGUCUCACGGCUCCGGCAGCAACUCAAGUUCCCCCUCGUCUUCCUACCAGCGCGCCUAUGAAAAACAUGUCGAGUCUGCCCGGAAGGCCGGGCAGGACGAAAACAUUCAAUCCGGGCAGGGAAGCGCCGAGGCGCGGAUGCUGAUUGCCCUCCGCGACGCCCUGGAGAUGCUGGAGUGGCACCUGGACCAGCUGCUACAGUGUGAAGAGACGCUUCAGGAGAAACUUCAGGUGAAACAACAGAAGACGCAGCAGCAGAUGCACCAGUUACGCGCGCCACAGCGGCAGGGGCGCAGAGCGAGCGGGGGUAAGGGCGGAGCGCGGGGAAGCGCAGCAACCCUAGCGGCCGCUUCGGCUGCUGCCGCUGCCAAAGCGGCUGCUGCGGCGGGCUCCGCGGAGGGGGAGCGCGAGGCGGAAGCGGAAGCCGCGGCGCAGUGGGCGCAGAUGGUGACUGAGUUAAAGAUGGCGGCGCGGAUAGUCGUCUCGCAGGGCCGUUGCCACCAGGGGCGGGAGAAGGAGGUGGUAGCGAGCAUCCAACACCUGGCCGAGGACGUUGAAGUGGAACCGUUUGCCUUCCCCCUCGCCGUUGCACCUUCUAACCAGCCUUUCGCAGCUCAGCACCACAACGCCAAGCUACUACAGCAGCAGCAGCAGCAGCAGCAGCAGCAGAAGCAACAGGUUUUCCCGCCCUCCGCCUUCUCCCCCUCUCCUUUCCCCUCCCCCUUCUCCGCCGAUCCCCUCCCCGCGUUAAUCCCCGCCAACGCGCCCACCCCUUCCUCCUCCCCCUCCUCCCUCCUCCCCCACCCCCUCACUCCCGCCCAGGGCCCCGCCGCUGCGCCUUUUUCCUCCGCACAUCCCUUCUCCCCUUCCCCCUCCCCCUUCUCCGCUUCCGCCCACUCCCCUUCCCCCGCGAAUGAAGCUUCCAAGCAUCUUCCUUCCUACUGCCAGCAGCCGGAAAUCGCAGUGAUGGGGGGAGGGGCGGUGGUGGGGGAAGCGGAAGACUCGGAUGGGGAAAGCCCCACGAGCGGGCAGGUCGGGCAGAAUGACUGGGAGGUGGGCAGGCCGCCGGUCAGGAGGAAAAUAUUUGGGCAAGAGGUGGAGAGUGAGGGAGAGAGUGAGGGGGAAGGUGAUGGCGGUAGCGUGAGUGAGGGUGGUGAGGUGCAGGGAGAGGGGGAAGGGGAGAGUGCGGGUGUGACUGCUACCACCGAUCAGGGUAUUUCUGAGGCGCCUGCCACGGGUAAGGAAAGCGAGGGUGAGGCGCCAACUGCGUUGCCUAAUGAUGAUGCACCUGCUGAUACCGUAGAUAUGCCCCCUGCUGCUGCUUCUAAUGCUGCUGCCACUGCCGAUGGUGCUGCUGACGUCAGCGAUGGAGCCACCUUGACUGCUGACUUAACCGAUCCUGACUCACCUGGCGCCACUGCUGCCAGGUCUGCUGAGACUGCUGACUCUGAAACCGAUGCUGCUAAUGCACCUGACACUGCUGCAUCUGUUGACUCCGUUGACUCGGUCAACUCUGUUGCUGCUGACGCUAAUGCUACCAAUGCUAUUGCUGCUGGUACUAAUGCUACCAGUGCUGUUGCUGCUGACACUUUAGAUGCUGACGCUGCUGCUGCGGUGGAUGCACCUGCUGCUGACACCGCCACGGUUGCUGUAACUGCAGCUGUUGCUGCUGCUUCCACUUAUGACUGCACUGCUGCCGCAGCUGCUGACACUGACAAUCCCUCUGCUGACGCCUCCGUUGCUACUACGACUGCCAAUGGCGCUGCUGACUCCUCUGCUGCUCAUGCAUCCCCUGACUCCAUCACUGCACCCACAUCAGCACCGGAGCCUGCAGAUUCCCUCUCAAAUCAGCCCUCCUCAGUCCAACCUUCCCCAGAUGAGCUCUCUUCAGCAGAACCCUCCCCACUCCAGCCUCUAUCUAUCCAGGGUCAGGGUCAGGACCGCUCCCCGCAGUCCCCUGACUCCCUGCCCUCCCCGCCCGUUCCCCCGCUUGAAGCCUCUCUGCUACACUCGUUUCCGGACCAGUCUGCUCCGGACCAAGCUGCUCCGGACCAGGCCGUGCCGAACCUGGCUGCCGAGCCUGACUCCCAGCCAGAGCAGCAGGCCGACGCACAGCAGGGUCAGCAGGCCUGGAACCAGCCGAAUCAGAACCUGGCUCUGCAGCCAAUCAACCAGGCUCGGGCUCUGACUCGCGUGGCCACUGGUGGCGCUAAAGCCAUAGAAGGCGUGGUGGGGAGGAUGGCCCGCCUCUCCUCCUUCCUCCUGCACCCCAUGACUCUUAGUCUGGGCGGCCUUGUUGGAAUCUCCCUUGGGAUUGCCGCGGCCACGUCAGCAGGGAGGGCGAGGAGGGUGGGGCAGUGGGGGGUGGUGCGGAGGAGAGGGGUGCUGGAAGCGUUGCCCCGGCCGGGUGCUGAGUUGGCUGUUGCGUGGAGGGAGGAGGAGGAGAGGGAGAGGGAGAGGGAGAGAGAGAGGGAGGCGGAAGAGAGGGAAUUGGGUGCGUGGGGCUUGGAGGAGGGGCUUUGGGAGGAGGGCGAAGGGGCUUUUGGGCAGAGGGGUUUAAAUUAUGAGGAUGGCUAUGGGAGGGUGGGGGUGGAGGAGGAGGCGGAGGAGGAAGAAUCAGAAGGGGAAGAGGAGGAGAAGGGGGGUGAUGGCAAUGUGGGGGAUCUUGAAGGGACUAAAGAGGAGGUCAGGGGGCAGGACCGGGCCGGGGGGCUGCUGGCGUUCCUGCAAGGCGAAGCAAGGCGGCUCAGAGGGGAGUCGGAUGACGCAGGGGGGGUGGGCGGAGAGACGAGCGCGGAGAAUGGAGGGAGGAGGGGGGCGGCGUGGGGGGGAGCGCAGGCAGGCGCGUAUGCUGCUGCUGUGAUCGAGAGGCUGAGGGAGGAAGUGCAGGUGCGAGAGCGGGAGCUGGAGCGAGUGCGGGCGAGGGAGCUGGAGCUGCUGCAAGGGAACUGGGGGGAGGUGGAGGAGGAGGAUGAGGCGGAGGAAGGAGUGGAGGGAGGGGGGGGGGGAGGAGAGAGGGGAGGAGGGGAGGGAGCAGGGGAAGGAGCAGGAGAUGGGGUAGGAGAGCAGGAGGAGGAGGAUGCGCUGCUAGCUGCUGUUCUGAGGGAGCUUGCUCAGAGCCGGACUGAUGAUGCUGGUGAGGAUGGUGAUGGUGAUGGGGAUGAUGAUGAUGAUGUGGGCAUCACUCCGUUGCCCCAGCUGAAAAUGAGCAAGCCAGGGGAUGGAGGGCAGCAGGAGGAGGUGGAUCACCAGCAAGAGCAGAAGCAGCAGCCACUCCAAGGACUCUUGGGACCUAAGUGGGGUGGAACGAGCAGCCUCAGCAAACCAGCCUCCAACCCAGGCGCUGCUGCUGCUGCUGCUGGGAGUGAGUCCAGAGAUGGUGGAAGCCUGCUGGAAGCAGCACAGGGGUGGCUGAAGAGGGUCCAGGAGGGGAGGUCCCAGAUGGAGGGCCAGAUACUCCGGGCGGGCGACAGGAUGCACAGGGCAGGCGAGACCAUCAACGCAGCAGGCCACGCGCUUCCGACCGUGAUUCCGAGGCUGCUGCCAUGCGUGGCGCGCAAGUACGAGAAGCUGAGGAGGCGCGGGUGGGUGGGGGUGAUGCGAGGGGGCAGCAGCCAGGGCAAGGGCGAGCUGACUGGUGGAGCAGAGCCCAAGCCUGAGGGGAUCAUGGGUGGCGGCAGCUCAGGUGGUGUGGUUCAGGGAACGGCAGUUGGUAGCGUGGCUACAAGCACUGCAGGCAUGGCAGGUGGUGGUGCAGCAGCAGCGGCAGCGGCAGCGGCAGCGGCAGCGGCAAGGGAGCCAGGAUCUGGAGAUAAGUUCUGGUCGGAUGUGGCCGAAAAGGCUCGACAGUUGAGCCUGGGGCGGAAGAGGGGGAGGGAGUAAGUGUGGAGGGUGUAAAGCGGCAGAGAUGAGAGUGAGUGUAGGGAAGUGACGUGUCGAUACUUGUUCUGUGUCUUCCUCAUUCUCCCUAUCCUUGCCUUCGUGAUGCUCCUCCUCCCAUAUAUUUGUUGGCAUGGGUUGAGUUGAGAGUGCUUGGUUGUGCAUGUGUGCUUGUCUACUUUUGUUGCGAAUGCGUUUUGCUUGUGUGUGCGUGUGUGUGUGUGUGUGUGUGUGUGUGUGUGUGUGUGUGUGUGUGUGUGAGUGAGUGUGCGCACGUGUGCGUGUGUGUGUGUGCGUGUGUGUGUGUGUGGGGGGGGGGGGGGGUAUUGCUCGGUGUGCGUGUGGGUGUGUGCGUGUGCGUGUGCGUGUGCACGUGUGUGUGCGCGUGCACGCGUGCGUGUGUGCGCGCGUGCACGCGUGUGUGUGUGCCUGGGUUUGUGUAACACAGUUUCAAAGAUGGCAUUUGUUGUGCCCAUAGAUGUUUGUUGAGAUGAAUUCAACAACUAAUGAUUAAGAUCUUUUUCAAGAGGUCAACUAAUGUCACAUGCAUUAUGAGGUCAGAA